AACCCACCCACUUCCAAUUCAUCCGGGAACUCUAAUGAAAACCUGAAACACAUGCUCUGCAUCCAUCGCCCAACUUCAACAAACCCUAAAAAUUUUAUAUCAAAUCAAAUAAAUCCAAUAAAUAUAUUUUUUUAAAAAUUAAUUAAUUAAUUAAUUAAUUAAAUAAAACUAAACUAAACCCCAAAUCUACCUUUCCAUUUCUUGCUCGAGCUUUCAUCGAUGGCGGCAAUGGCGGCGAUGACGGCGAUCUCCACCUCUUCUUCUUCUUCUUGUUCGAAACGAAGACUCGAUCGUUGCCUCAUCCCCAGAUCUCAUGGCCAAUUCCCGACGAAUUUCCGAUUUGCUUCUUCUGCCGCCCGUCUCCGCUUUCCUACUCUUCGUGUCCACUGUAGUGCUGAAAUCUUGACUGAUCGAUCUGGCGGACAUGGUGAUCUCGGGUCUGGAAACGCUGGUGGAGGUGGAGGAGGAGGAGGAGGAGGAGGAGGGGGUGGUGGUGGUGGUGGUGAUGAUGGGGAUUUGAAUGGGAAGAAUAGGAGGGAAGCGCUGUUGGUGCUUACCCAGAUUGGUAGGUCGCUGGAGACCUUGCCGUCGGACCUUGCGAAGGCUAUUGACGCUGGGAGAAUCCCGCCGGAAAUCGUUCACCGCUUUGUGGAUCUUGAGAAAUCGCCGGUGUUCCGGUGGUUGCUUGGGUUCGCUGGGUUCAAGGAGCGGUUGCUUGCUGAUGAUCUCUUUUUGGCUAAGGUCGCCAUGGAAUGUGGUGUUGGCAUCUUCACGAAGACUCUUGCAGAGUAUCAGCGUCGUGGAGAGAAUUUCACCAAAGAAUUGGAUUUUGUUAUUGCAGAUGUGUUAAUGGCGAUAGUUGCGGAUUUCAUGCUUGUCUGGCUCCCUGCUCCAACAGUACCUCUUCGUCCGCCAGUUGCAUUUAAUGCAGGACCCAUAUCUAAAUUUUUUUACAAUUGUCCUGACAAUGCCUUCCAGAUUGCUUUAGGUGGAAGCUCGUACUCAUUUUUGCAGAGGGUUGGUGCUAUCGUGCGCAAUGGGUCAAAGCUCUUUGUUGUGGGAACCAGUGCAUCUCUGAUUGGUACUGGUAUAACGAAUGCAUUAAUUAAGACAAGGAAAGCAUUGGAUGAGAAUUUGGCUGGUGAAUCAGAGGAUGUCCCUAUACUAUCAACCAGUGUUGCUUAUGGUGUAUAUAUGGCUAUUUCAAGUAACCUUAGGUACCAAUUACUAGCCGGUGUCCUAGAGCAGCGAAUUCUUGAGCCAAUGCUACACAACCACAAGCUCUUGUUGAGUGCCUCAUGCUUUGUAGCCCGCACCGGAAACACAUUCCUGGGUUCCUUAUUGUGGGUGGAUUAUGCCCGGUGGGUCGGUAUCCAAUAGUUAUACAAGAGAUACAAGAAACUAAGCGGUGUUCCUUGUUAUUCCAUUAUUUAAGGGACUCUGCUGUUAUGCCCUACCAAUUAUUUUUUCUUGCUGUUUUAUCAAGGGAUUCCAAUUGUCAUUAGGAACCGGUGAUGAUUAAGGCUCUCUGUGAUGGAGAGGCAACUUGUCGAUUUUCAUCUAAUUUAUGGCACAACGCCGAAAAACCAAAAUUAGGAGAAUAGGAUCCAUUGUUCUACUACAAUAAGGAUUUUGUGAGCUUAGAUGCCAUAAUUAGUUGUACCAUUAUUCUCUCAGCAUUUUCUUUUGGCCCUCAUUUAUGCCAAAAGUGAGGUUGCAAUUGUUGUACUUAACCUGGCGGAAAGUUGUUCUUUCUCAGGAAUGUAUUUUCUAAUUUGUUUGCAAGAACAUUAAGAGAAUGCAUUUGUCCGAAAGGACUUGUAA